CUUGUCUAUUUAAGGUACGUCUCACAAUAUUGAGCUGCCACUAUACAUGCGCCGCUAUCUUCUAUGAAGCUGCCCAGGCUUUUAAUUACUCAGUAAUCUAAUUAAUCAUUAAAGUAAGCACUAAACUAGUAGCCCUAGCUGGGACAAUAAUAUUCCUGAGAGUCAACCAGUUCAGCUUGCGGAAGAUGUUGUUUUCUUAUCAUAUGAAGUUGCGUUGGUGACCUGUAGAUGAACGGCCCACAACAUGUUGUCUACGUCCCCAUGGAGAUAACUGAAACCGGACUACUUUUGUCGUUCUUUGGAAUUUCCAUCGGUCGGAAAUUGUGCACCAGAUUGAGCUUCCCAAGUACUUUUGACGAUCUCCAGGCUCUUGCAUCAAAGGGGCUGUCAAGAACAGCGCAGGGGAGCCUCGUUUUCGGCGUUCGCCCUUCCAAAGGCAAGGAAGAAAGCAGAGGAAGAAGAAGAAGAAAGAAAAAGAAACACUGUUUACCCUGGCGCACGAUGAGAGGUAUUGACCAGAAGCUUCGACGCCGGUUUACUAUCGAAUGACUGAUGGUUGAUCGAGUCUCCGAUAAGAAUGAUCCAGAAGAGGAGUGAGUAAUUCUUACUUGUAUACCAUCUGCUGCUGACGGACGUGUAAUCGUGUCGUCUUCGCUCAUCGUGAAAUGAGGAUGGUGAAAGUGGAGAUGCCUAUGUCGAGUCCCAUAAACAGCCAAGACCAGUCUCACCUUCAGCAUCGGAAUCCACUCGAUGAUUUGUCCAGCACCUUGCCGGCUGUGAGUACGACCAACUGCUCCAGUGUUACGUCUGUGAAUCAGGUAGCGAGCAGCACAGUGACAACUUCGAACGAAGCUGAGCCAGAAGAUAAGGUCGUGUCGACAACGAAGAAGUCGGGGGCAGGUGUGAGACGACAGGAGAAGCCCCCAUACUCGUACAUUGCGCUUAUCGUCAUGGCCAUUCAAAGCUCACCAUCGAAGCGGCUCACCCUCAACGAGAUCUACAACUUCCUUCAGCAACGUUUUCCGUUCUUUCGAGGCCCUUAUUUAGGAUGGAAGAAUUCUGUGCGACACAACCUCUCCUUAAACGAGUGCUUCGUGAAGCUACCUAAAGGAUUAGGGAGACCAGGGAAGGGCCACUACUGGACAAUUGACCCAAGCAGUGAACUCAUGUUUGAGCAAGGUUCCUUCAGAAGAAGACCCCGAGGCUUCCGUAGGAAAUGUCAGGCAAUGAAGCCGUACACCACGUAUUACCCGACACCACCGAACGCUGGCGUAAUGGCACCCUGUCCCUAUGACAUGUUAGCACAGCAGACGCAGCAGUCCAGCCUGAUCCCAACCCACUCCCACAUGGGAACGGGACAUCACCAAGCCUAUCUCUCCAACGACCCCCAGAGCAUGAUGUCACCAACGGCUGCUCUGUCGCCGACAUCUCACUGUGGAUAUUCUGCAAACCAAAACUCUAUGGGUAUGGGCUCUGUCGGUCAUCCCUAUCUCUCCAACUGCGCUCUGCCGCCGUCCAUGAGCUCCAUAUCUAGCUCUGCGUCUGAAUUUGCCGUGAGCUCGAGUAUGUACGCAACUGCAACGAUGGCAAUGGACACCAUGUCUGCAUGGGGCACAUGCCCUCCCUCCAUGUCAACGCCAUCUGGAGGACAGUACAUGAAACAGCCACCACUAAGUCCAAUACCAAGCCCGGUGCCGCAGAUGCCAAGUUUAUCUCCCGACCCUGGCCCCAGUGCAUAUGGUCAGAAUUCAACGAACAUCCACGGGCAGCCGAUCUUAGGCACAACUGACGGGCUGGACAUCGCCUUGGGAAUGCGGUUUCAGCACAGCUCGGCCGCGCCUUGCGACAGGAAGAUGUAUUCUUCGUCCUUCUCUUCGUCCCUUCCCUCUGUUGGAAGCCUAAGCCCUGGUGCACCACCACCUUCGCUCUCUCAAGCACAGGGUCCCUACUACGACACCAAGUAUUCAUUGUGAGUUCAUAUGACAUCGGCAGCACAAGCUAGAAGAAAAAAGAACAAAAGAAGGUGAAGAAGAAGAUGAUGAACCUCACUGUGGAGCAUCUCUGUUCCCCAUGGAGGAAAAACAACGGGCAUAGUGCACAGAGAAAGCGUGUUUGUGUACGUUAUGUAGAUAUUGCGAAAAUUAGUAUUGUUGUUCUUCUUGGUUGGAUCGAAUGCUGGUGAAUAGGUAUCUCAGCAAUAAUCGCAUGCGCGGCGCUGUUCGAGGUGCCGCUUUGAAAUGUUGGCAUUGGUUUUGUGAACAGCAGCCAUACAGAAAAAAAAAGUUAGAUUCGUACUGUCAUCCUCGUAUGAUGUCUAGCAGCGAAAGAAAAUAAUCGGAUGUUCUGUAAAUAUUCACCAUACAAUGAAUCAAACAAUAGCUUGUGGCGCACCGGUUCUUCAUGGCCAUUUGUCUAUCAAAAAAGGCCAAAAGGUGAGAAUUUCAACAGCGUAUUUUGAAGUACGUAGAUGCGUAAUCAUACAGGGUGCCCCAACAAACGUGUAAAUAGAGAUCUACUUUGGCUUUUAAUGUCUGGUGAGCGGUAUUUCAUGCUACACUAUUUCCCACCGUAUGAUUGAAUUUCGACAGAAUACUACUUUCAAUUGAGUCAUUUGCUGACAAGAAGCUCGGGAAUUUACACGCUUCAGCUGCUCGAAUCGCGUAAGGGGUUACAGCUGGCGCGUCUCAAACAAGUGUGAUUUUGGCUGUACAUCCACCACUAAAGCAAUCUGUCGGCGCACCUUUACGAGGGUUAGGCGCCUUGCCAAUGGAAAGAGAAGGUAGAAGAAAACAGCAUUAAGUCGUACGGUGGUUUUAUUUAGCUAUUGUUGUCUUUUCCCGUGUGUAGGAUAAUCCAAUUUUCUCUUUCUUCACUAGCAGCGCAAAUGGUCACUUUGUUUCCUCACUUGUGAUUUGAAGUAUCUAAGACGGUGGUCUUAAAUGAAUAUUUUUUACCUGUUGUACCCACGAAAAUGCUAAAGGCCUUAAAACGGCAAAAGGUAUAACGAUGCGUACGUUACUAAGAAAAGAAUACGUCUCACUAACCAAAUAUUCCACGUACCAUCUAUUUUAAAAAAUUACACCUAAAAUAUCGCGUGAAGCUAAAGUAACAAAAAUCGGUCAGCAUGAAAUAUCUUUCACCACAUAGUAUAGCAAGAAAUUAUAUGCUACUGCAUAAUGCCACGUUUUUGGGGAAACCGUAUGUUUAGACUAUAGUGUUAUUAAAAGAAAAACAGACGUGAUACAGCAGACAAAUACUUCGCACGUGUGAUCGUAUACGUAGAGUACAGCGCACACAUUUGCCAUCAUUUCAUAAUGUUUUCUAUCUACAACAUAUGGUCACAGUUGUUUUGCCCAAGCUUUUUUGAUCGAACGCUAUUGGAGUAUGGUAUUAUUAUACCGAUCGAAAACGUUGAUUAGCAGUAUUCGUCAUCGUUAAUAGGCAAAUGACAGAACUACGAAAUGCGCUUUAUUUCCAGUACCAUGCUAGUAUUACAAGGUGAUUUCACCAAUGUCAACUCGGGAGGUGACACGAACUUUUGACGGGUGUCGUUGGUACAGUGCCAAUGUGAUUGGUUCCAGUGAACGCAAUUAUUUGUCUAUGUGUACACCAUGUGCCAAAGGUGAUUGAUAUAUUUACCCAGUGAAGCUCUCUUUCAAGGGAUGGCUGAUUAACGUUGUCUGUCACUGUUUUUGGCUUGUGCUGGUACCGCAAUGAGUGGUUCAGGUGGUCUUACCUCGGUUACGCAGCCCUGUUACGAGAGAUGUGUCACCGCCGCUUGUAUACGCAUCAUGUAAUUAGGCAUGCGUGUAAGGAAAUGGAACAACGCCACCGUCCUUCACUGCAUACUUUAUUGUCGUACCACGAUCACACUGAGGUGAAUCAUACUGAGGGAAACCACCUUGCGGUGUAUACUAGGUGUAGUUGGCCAAGUGUUGUCCAAUAUUGUCCUAUUUAUUUUGGUAAGCAUGUUCACUAAUAACAGGUGUUUCGAACAAUCUACACCGAUCGACGAAUGUGAGUGAUACAGUAUUUGCAAUAAAGAAAGCCCAAGCGUU